UGCAGAGAAUCAGAAUCGUCUCAACUAGCGUACGUCACUUUCAAAGAAGCGCAGGGUGCGGACACAGCAAUGCUUCUCUCGGGCGCUACGAUGGCUGAUCUUUGUGUCAGCAUAACACCUGUUGAUGAUUACCAGCUCCCCCCAGAAGCUCUGCCCUCCACACCAGAGAAGAAACCAACCAUUGGUGGUGAUGCCAUCAGAAAGGCCGAGGACGUGGUGAGCUCGAUGCUAGCGGCGGGCUUCGUCCUCGGGAAGGACGCGAUCGCCAGGGCCAAGUCCCUCGACGAGCAGCACCACUGGACGUCGAGCGCGUCCGCCGCGGUCGCCUCGAUCGGCGGCAAGAUCAACCUGGGCGAGAGGCUCGGCGCGGGGACCACGGUGGUCGCGGGCAAGGUGAAGGAGAUGGACGAGCGGUUCCACUUGUCGGAGAUGACGAGGUCGGCGCUCGCGAUCGCCGAGCAGAUCAAGGCGGGCGGUUCGACCGAGAGCUCCGGCAUCAUGAGCAACCGGUACGUGUCCACCGGGGCUUCCUGGGUGUCGAGUGCUCUCGGGACAGUCGUUAAGGUAGCCGAGGACGUGACCAACAUGACCAAGGAAAAGGUCGAGAAGGCCGAGGAGGAUAAAACGGUAAUUUCGGGCCAGGGAGAGGCUGGGAAGGGAAACGAUGCUGCUGCUGGUGCUACCCAAGUUCAUGUGGAUGGGUCUUCAGGGGGAGCUCCCAUUGUGCCACUUGAUUCUAAGGACGCUAAACUUGGGAUUAUAUGAUGGGAGGGCUAUUUCGUCUUUUCACAUUGCGCUCCUGGGGAUUUCAUCACUUGUUGUAUAGACUAUAGUGCCGUUUGACACAGGUUUUGUGGGUACUUGGGUUUUCUUGGACAUUUGGGUUGUGUACUA